UCAUUUUCUUUCUCAGUCUUUCCCCUUUGUUAUCCUUAAACCCUUUUCAUGGCUUCUAUCUCUAGAAUUCUUCAAACAGAUGGCAGAUUAAUAAGUCACUGCACUUCAUGGGUUUCUGCUCCUAUGAGGAGAGCUCAAACUCAGUUUGAUUCUCUCCCGUUGUUUACUGUUGGUAAAGCUGGAGUAAGUUCGAGGAUUCAGAAAAGUAGUAGACAGUUAUGCUCUGUCUUUGCUCUUGAUUCAGCUUCCUCCAGCAAACCAUCGCUCUCACAUCUUGCUCCAUUAGAAGCCAUUCUGUUUGAUGUUGAUGGAACACUCUGUGAUUCUGAUCCCAUCCACCUUAUCGCCUUCCAGGAACUCCUUCAACAGAUUGGUUUUAACAAUGGUGUCCCAAUCGACGAGAAGUUCUUUAUUGCCAAUAUUGCUGGAAAACACAACUCCGAGAUUGCUCGCGGUCUCUUCCCUGAUGAUGUUGCUAGAGGGUUAACAUUCUGUGACGAAAAGGAAGCUCUCUUCCGCAAACUAGUAGCAGAAAAGGUAAAGCCACUCGAUGGACUUCUAAAACUGACCAAAUGGAUCGAAGACCGUGGACUGAAACGAGCCGCAGUCACAAACGCACCAAAAGAAAACGCAGAGCUCAUCAUAUCGAAACUCGGUCUGACUGAUUUCUUCCAGGCAGUGAUUCUCGGCUCUGAAUGUGAGUACCCAAAACCACACCCGGCGGCUUACUUGAAGGCUCUCGAAGUGCUUAAAGUGUCGAAGGAGCAUACGCUAGUGUUCGAGGACUCGGUUUCUGGGAUCAAAGCUGGAGUUGCGGCUGGGAUGCCUGUGGUUGGACUUACCACAGGUAAUCCAGCAAGCGUGCUGAUGCAAGCUAAACCUGCUUUUCUUAUAGCGAACUAUGCGGAUCCGAAACUGUUGGGUGUGUUGGAGGAGCUUGAUAACAAGAAGAGUUCUUAGAAGUCUUGUUGUUGUCGUCUCACUUGUCUAGCUCAUGAAGCCUACGCAUGCAUGAGCAGCAUAACUUUCUUUCUUUUUUAUCUUUUGUUGAAUAUUAUUCUUUUGGGGAUUUUUUGACAAUGGGAGGAGGAGCUUCCAAGUUAUCAAAUUUAGCUUGCCUUUUUUUUUUUUGACGUAUGUAACUUUGUCUUUACAUGCUCAAUGCUAAGUUUGAACACAAAGACAUGGUAACUUUACCUUCAAUAAUGAUCCUAUUGUUUUAUAAGGUAAACAUAUACAUUUUGUCAAUGGAAAAUAAUUAAAACCUUGGUUUUUA